GAAUUGAUCUGACGGUCAAAUUAAAAAUUUCGAUUAAUCUAUACAAUUAUCUCAACAUUAAAUAAAUAACUGUGCUGCAGAAAUAUCAAUGAGAGCCAUAGGCCUGAUAAUCGAACGCCCGUCUAUAAAAGCAAUUUUGUAUCAAUAACCAGCGACAGGUACAAGAUUUAGUUUGGAUUAUGUGUUUUCUAGACAAUAGAUAUGUAUAUAAAAGCUUUUUGGAAUGACAUCGAUCUUUGGAUAUAAAAAAAUCCUGUAUACAAGAAAGUAUGUGUGCUGGAAUCGAAAUGAUUGUCAUCUAUAAAUUACUGUUAACCGUCUAAGGUUUUCAUAUAAAGCCCAUGAAAUGUAUUAUAGAUUGUAUAUAUGUUUAGUAUAUAUAACACAAAAUAUAAUAUGGAAACUUAUUGAUGUCCUUGAUUAUUAUUUACUUUCAAAGGGGAAAAAGGGUGUUAAAAUUUCUAAUCAAUUUUUUCCACACAGGUAACAAAGACUUUAUGCAAUCAAACCGCUGCGCUUAAUAUGAGUCUGAUGGGUGUCGAAAAUUUGACGUCAACCAUAGCCAUGGAAAAAGUGCACUCUAAUAGAACUAAGUGCAUUCAAACCUGUCAGCAGGCUCGAAAGCUUUUACCAGAUUUAGGUUUAACAGAGAUAGAUCAAGAUGAAAAUGACACAGAGCAACUCACUUUAGCGUUAACAAAAUUUGAAGAUAAUCUGGAAUACUUACUCAAAGAAUUUUCUAUUGUUGUUUGUUUAUCUACCGCCGUGCACAGAAUAGAGCAAAAUAGAGGUAAAUUAUCCGAAAAUACUUUGGAGAAAAAAUUUGAAGCUGAUGAAAAUCUAAGAGAUAUUCAGCAAUUAAAAGCCAAAGUACAAAGCGCCAAAACCGCUUUACAUUGUCGACAGAAACCAGGUAAAGACUCUCUACAACAUUCUUUUCUAUAUUUUACGAUUUAUCCUUAUUUCCUUCUUUUGUAAUACUCUUAUACCUAUCCCAUAUCUCCCCCUUUUACAAUAUCAUUACGUUCAUAUUAUAUAUAAUUCGGUUCCUUUUUCUCUCCUUCUACGCUUAAUACCAUCACAUCACACUCUUUUUAUGUUUUUUUUAUCCUUUUUUCUAAUUCUUCAUCCUUUUUAAGUCUUUAAAUGUCAAGCAUCACAUAGAAAAGGCGAUUCUUUUUCUUUUCUUUUUUUUGGUUUCUAUACCUAUUUAUCUAAAUUUUUGUGUCUUUUUAUUCUUUUUAUUCUUUGUAGGUUACGUAUUAUACAUAAUUCUUUUUUUCGUACAGAAAAUACAGAUUUUCAGAGCGAUGUGGAUGCACCUUACAGGAAGCGCAAUAUAGGAAAAUACGAGAGAAAUCACAUGUCUAGAUCAAGAAUAUUUUGCUGUAUGUGGAGGAGCGAUUACAUGUAACAACACCUUUUAGGAAAUAUAUACCAUAUAUAUAAAUAUAUACAGUGAAAUAAAUAGUAUAUAUAUAUAUAUACUAUAUAUACACAAAAAAUAUAAUAUUGAAAAAAAGCGAAAGGAAAGAAAAGUUCAGCUUUCUUAACUUGUUUUGAAUCUACCGAUUUUUCUUACUUUUAUACAAUCUUCUAAAGGCCCAUUGAAUAAUCUCCUGUAAUAUUCUUCUAAUUCUGUCUUACUUCUUAUAUAGCUAUUAUAUUUUCUAAAAGAAUGAAAGUCAGUUCGAGAAGUCCAUUUUCGAUUCUUCUUUAACUCUUCAUCAUUUUCUGAUAUACGUCUAUCGUUUCUUCUUUUCUCUAACAAAAUCCGUGCUCUGAAUAAUAGAUCAUCCUUUCUUCUUUCAAAAUGAGAUCGCCAUUCUUCAUAUUGCAGCCUCUGGUUGUCUAAUUUUAUUUUCUGUUCGUCUAGUGUAUCCUGUAAGUUUUCAACAGUCGAUAAAUCCGACUCGGAUUUAGAGAAUUCGUCCAUUAUCAAAGGAAAUUGUAUCUAAAAUAUUCUUAUUGAAAGAUAAUCCUUUUUU